AUGCUAGUGGUAGCAACAUGGGUGCAUCCGCUGGCACAGACCCUAUCUACUGAUGAUUCAGGAGGUGACGACGAUGAUGAAGUCCAAUCAACUCCAGUAAGCCAAACUGAAGUGCAAACACCAUAUCCUGGCAUGAUUUUCGAUUCAUGGGAUGAAGCAAAGAUGCAUUACAACAGAUAUGCUAAGAAGCUUGGAUUCUCCAUCAAGUGUAGUACAUCCAAGAUCUCAACAAUUGAUGGUCAGAAGGACAAACAGAUGUUCGUUUGCAACAAGAAUGGCAAAAAUGAGGACAUAAACAUGCAAGAGGCGGCACCGGUUAGGCAGCGGAACAAAAGCAUCACUAAGAAAACUGAAUGCAAGGCUAGGCUAAGGAUCAAAAGGAAAGGUAAAAAGUGGCAUGUAACAUAUUUCGUUGAAGAGCACAAUCACAGUAUGAUAAAGAAGUUUUCUUUGAAGAAAUAUUUAAGGUCUCACAAAGGAAUUCCUAAGGAAGAAAGGGAUUUUGUCAAGCUCUUGCAUAAGGUGAAUCUGUCUUCUGGAAGGGUAAUGAGGAUCAUGGGAGAAGUCUAUGGUGGUCUGGCCAAUGUACCCUAUGAUGCCAAGUCUGUUAGCAAUUUCAUGGCUACCAUUAAUGAAGAUCAAACACACAAAGACAUGCCAAAGCUGCUUUCUCACUUUGCAAAGAUUAAAAAGGAAGACCCAGAUUUCUACUUCAACUUGCAUACAGAUCAUGCUGAUAAGGUUGACCGCAUAUUUUGGGUGGAUGGGCCAGCAAUAGCUGCAUACAAGAACUACAACGAUUGUGUCUCAUUUGACACCACGUACAUGAUGAACAUGUAUAAUAUGCCAUUUGCGCCGUUCAUUGGGAUCAAUAGGUACUGUCAGAGCAUCCAGCUAGGUUGUGGUUUCCUUAAAAAUGAAAAUGUGGAGAGUUUUGAGUGGCUCUUUCAAGAGUUUCUUGAAGCAAUGGGCGGCCUCUAG